UUCUCUGCAGCGUACAGCACCUCUCAGAAUGCAGUCUUUGCUCAGGUAUGUGGACUGGGUCUCUGCUGGCCUAGCACUGCUGGUGCUCCUGCUCUCCCUGCUCCUGUUGGAGGUCUUCAGGAUGAACUCCUCCAGGAGUUGCACUCCUCCAGGACCCACCCCACUGCCCUUUGUGGGAAAUGCGAUCCAGACCACGAGGGAUCCGAUGACCUGCUUCAGAUCGCUGAACCAAUAUGGAGACAUGAGUACCGUGUACUUGGGCAGAAAGCCAAUCAUUGUGCUGAACAGCAUGGAGCUCAUGAAGGAAGCAUACAUUCACAAAGGCAGUGUGUUUUCCGGAAGGCCGUUCAUGCCUUUAAUGGAUUGGAUCACCCACGGGUACGGUAUCUUGAUGGUCACGUACUGUAACGCGUGGAAGGAGCAGCGACGCUUUGUGCUGCACACGCUGCGUAAUUUCGGUCUGGGGAAGAAGUCUGUGGAGGAGCGUGUGAAUGAGGAAGCACAGUACCUAGUCCGAGAGCUCCAGCAGCACGAGGGGAACCCUUUUUACCCCAUCCACCCCAUUAUGAACGCCGUUUCCAACAUCAUCUGCUCCAUCGUAUUUGGAGACCGCUUCGACUACAACAACAAGCGCUUUGCUAAGUUGCUGGAACUCCUGAAUGAAAACAUCCGACUUACUGGCACAGCUGCAGCACAGAUCUUCAACUUCUUCCCCUUCAUAAAACACAUCCCAGGGCCACACCAGAAGAUCCACAGCAAUGCCAGUGCCUUAACAGGGUUCAUCCGGAAGUCUGUGGUGGAGCACAGGAACACUCUGGAUCCAGAAAACCUGCGGGACUUCAUCGAUGCCUACCUGGUGGAAAUGAGCAAGCACAAGUCAGAGGAUAACUCCACGUUCCACGAGGAGAACUUGGUUAUGACGACAUUAGACCUCUUCUUUGCUGGCACUGACACUACGGCGACCACUCUCCGCUGGGGUCUCAUUUUUAUGAUGGACAACCCCAAUGUCCAAGAGCGCUGUCAUGAGGAGAUCGUUCGUGUGCUGGGCUAUGACCGUGCUCCCAGCAUGGACGACCGUUCACGUCUCCCGUACACUUACGCCACCGUCCAUGAGAUCCAGCGCCUUGGCAACAUUGUGCCCCUCGGCGGGGUGCACGAGACAACGCAGCCCACCCAGCUACGGGGGUACAACAUCGCCAAGGGAACAAUGAUCAUGACUAACCUCACUGCAGUCUUCACUGACAAAGAGUACUGGAAGCACCCAGAAACAUUCAACCCAGAGAACUUUCUGGAUGAGGAAGGGCAGUUCUGCAAACAAGAACACUUCAUCCCAUUUUCUCUGGGUCCGAGGGUGUGUCUCGGUGAAUCUCUGGCGAGGACAGAGCUCUUCCUCUUCUUCACCUCUCUGAUUCAGCACCUGCAGUUCUCCUGGCCCCCAGGAGUUCCACGUCCCAACAUGGACGGCAACAUGGGUAUGAUCCGUACUCCGUACCCGUUCAACACCUGCUGUCGCAGUAGGGAGCCGACCCACUGAGCCCGCACGUGGACAACACCGUCUCUGGACUGCAACCCUGUGCCUCUCUCUCUCUCUCUCUCUCACACACACACACACACACACACACACAUACACAUACACACACACACACACACACACACACACACACAUUACACCAUGACUACUGCUCUGAAGUGGGACACUUACCUCUGCAGUGAGUACAAAGGUGCAUAUCUGGUUCCAUGUGUGUGUAAAUUAGCAGCAAUGUAAACAAUGAGUGGGUGAAGUGUAUGAAUGGUAUGUUAAAGGUUUCCUAUCACUCAUAUAAGACACUCUGGACUAACCAGUUCCCUAGUGUGCUGUUUGUUUGUUGGUUUAUAGGUUUAGUAUUAUAAAACAAGCUAAUAUAACCAUAUUACUUUGUUAAUCCUAGUGGGUACCAACUUUUUGCACAGCACACCACUGGUUGGCAAUUCACUUUACACAUUCUCUCUAUGAUUGAAAAAUCCAGAGGAAAAAAUAUGCAAAGUUGGUGAUAUAAACUAUAUCCAUGUAAUAAAUUCACUUUUAAAUGUUAAUGUAAUAAAUGUUAUAAUUUAUACCUCCUACUCUCUAUUACAUACUCCACAGGAAGGUGAUGUCGUGGAAUUACUGUGACUAAGAACCUGCUUACCCUACAUAAAUUUACAUUUGCAUUUAUGGCAUUUAGCAGAAGCGAUUUUUUUACAUUUAUGGCA